UAUUUUCUAGGGUUUUAUUAGGGUUUCAAUUCCAUACACACAAACCCUAUUUCCGCCGCGAUGUCUCCAUUUUCCGGCCGCCGCGCGCCGCCGUCAGAACUCACCGCCGAAGGUAUCGCCGCCUCAGGUUUAUCAUCGGAAAACCUAAGCUUACCAAUUCUCCAAUCAAAAAUGAAAUGCGAUCCCGAAGGUUACGAAUCGGAACUAUUAUUAGUAUACGAACAAUUCAAAUCAUCUAUGAAUCUAUUCGAAGAACAAGCAGCACGUAAUUUCACUUCACUUAGUGGUGUAUCAACUGAUACGAAUGUUUCUAAGGAUUUAGGUGAUCGAUCGAUGUUUUUAGCGCAUGUUACGCCUUUUUACCCUAAAUUACUUGUUAAUUUCCCGAAAGAGUUGGCGAAAUUGCUGAAAUCUUCGGCGAGGACGUUGCCGUCUGGAUUACGUGUUUGUGUUUCUCAAGCUUUGAUUUUGCUCAUUAAUCGAAAGAUUGUUGACAUUGGGGAGACACUUGAAUUGUUCAUGGAGCUCCAGACUCUGGGGGAUAGGGUUUUGAGAAAAUUGGCUUUCUCACAUAUUGUCCAUAGUAUUAGACGUAUGAAUCAGAAGCACAAGAAUGAUACGAAGAAUCGGGCACUUCAGAAUAUUUUGUUUGCCUUGCUACAGCAAGAGGAUGAAGCAAAAGCAAAAAGAUCACUCAUCACACUUUGUGAGCUUCAUCGAAGAAGGGUGUGGUUUGAUGAUAGAACAGCAAAUGCUAUAUGCUCGGCAUGCUUUCAUUCAUCAUCGAGGAUUAUGAUUGCCUCUUUAUCCUUUCUUCUUGAUUAUGAGAAAAUUGAAGAUGACUCGGAUAGCGAUAUGGCAGAAAGUGAAGAUGAGCAGACAGCCAAUCCUCAGGUUGUGGUAAAUAAAGAGGCUAUUUACAAGGCAAAUAAUAAGGGUACAUCGUCCAGCAAAAAGAAAAAGCAAGCAAAGUUGCAGCGUGUCGUCCGCAGCAUGAAGAAGCAGCAGCGCGUGCAAUCCGAAAAUAACAACACUAGUUAUUAUUCUCCAUUGAACCACUUAAAGGAUGCUCAGGGAUUCGCUGAAAAGCUAUUCUCACGUCUUCAGACUUGCAAUGAGAGGUUUGAGAUUAAGAUGAUGAUGCUGAAAGUAAUUGCCCGAACAGUUGGGCUUCAUCACUUGAUUUUGUUGAACUUCUAUCCGUACCUUCAGAGAUAUGUUCAGCCCCAUCAGCGUGAUGUGACAAGUUUGCUUGCUGCAGCGGUUCAGGCAUGUCAUGAUAUGGUGCCUCCUGAUGCAGUUGAACCAUUAUUUAAACAAGUAGUCAAUCAGUUUGUGCAUGACCGUUCAAGGCCUGAGGCUAUAUCUGUUGGAAUCAAUGUAGUCCGAGAAAUAUGUUUACGCAUGCCUUUGUUGAUGACAGAAGAUUUGCUACAAGACCUUGUGCUAUAUAAAAAAUCGAAUGAGAAGGCAGUUUCAGCAGCGGCUCGAUCACUUCUUACUUUGUUCAGAGAGAUUUGCCCUUCACUUCUAGUUAAGAAGGACAGAGGGCGUCCUAAUAACCCAAAAGCAAGGCCUAAAGCAUUUGGUGAGGUUAGUGUUGUCAGCAGCGUUCCGGGCAUUGAGUUGCUGGAUCAGGAGGAUAAUGACAGUGAUGAUAUAGAGGAGGGGUCUGUUGGCUUGUCUGACCAUGAUGAUCAAAGUGAUGAAGAUGCUGGCCCUGGCGAAGAGGAUAUCAAUUGUGAAAACGACGGAGAUAAUGCUUCCAACAAUGAGUCUGGUGAUGAUCUUGAAAUUGAUGAUGAAUGUGAUAGUGAUGAAGAAUUUUCAGAAGAUGAUGAUGCAGGUGAUAGUGCCUCUGAAGAUGAUGAGAGUGAUGGUGAAGCAGAGGAUGUUGAUGGCAGUAAAACUCAGGAUAAUAGUAGCUCGGCUUCUGAAGAUGAUGAUGUGGAUGAAAAGGAGUCUAAAGGAAUAAAAAGGAAAAUAUCUGAUAUUGAUGUAAAUGCUGCCAGUAAUAGCCUUCGUGCUUUAAAGAAAUUAGCAGGUGUGAAAAUGGAACCUAACGCCUUGAAUACAGAGGAGGAUGGUAUUCUAUCUAAUGAGGACUUCCAAAGAAUCAAAGAACUCAAGGCCAAAAAGGAUGCGAGGAAUGUUUUAGCUCAACAUGGAUUUAAGCUUCCCACCUCAGACCAACUUAGUACUAAAAGAGUUGAUGCUGCUAAACUUGAGGCUAACAUACGAAAGAAGCUUAGCAAGGAAGAGAGACUGGCGAUUAUUCGGGCUGGCAGAGAGGAUAGAGGGAGAUACCAGGCUAAAACUGCUCUGAAAAAGAAAAAGACGGGUGGUUCAAGCAAUCAGCAAAAAGAGCACAAAAAACUCAUGCCAUUAGCAGCAAAGAGAUCCAAAGUAGCAAGAUCUAAGAUAGAGAAAAAGAGGAAGAAUGCGCGCGCUGGCAAACAAUUUCGAGGGAGAAAAGCUUGGAAGUAGAGAGAAAACUAGCUUUCUUCCAUCCAAUUUUGUCAAAAGAAAAAGCAGAGAAGCAGAAAAGGGGCUUUGCUUGAUUAUUGCUGUUUUUCAAUAUUUGAUUGUGCAAUUUUGGUCCUAAUCUAUUGUUGACAAUACUGUCAGUGAGUAAUUUUUUAUUCGAAAAAGCAGAGGCGAUUCUUUUUGUUUGCCUGUACAACUUUAAAGGUAGUCUCUCCAUAUGCAUUUUUUUUCAUAAAUUUACUAUAGAUCUUCUUGCAAA